CCAAACAGCCAGCGAGCCAGCGACCGUCGCCCGUCUCUCCUUUCUUUCUCUUCCCCUCUCCAUCGCUUAGAGUAGCUAUGGAUAACCGUCCCCCUCUUUCGUCCCAGAACUCCUCUAGCAGCCAUAAUGAACCCUAUGGGGACCCCUUCGCGGACAGGCCUCGCGCCCUCCAGUUCAGCGAGCCGCAGCCCCAACCGUACGACUCCACCGUCUCUCUCCAACAGGACCGCUCUGGAAACUAUUCAGAUGAGGACUUUACUGAGAAACUCCCUCUGACGUCCGGACAAAACUUCUCUGGUGGUUUCUAUCCUCCAGGGCCUGUUGACCCCAAUGAGUUCGGAGACCCCUACGGAUCGCGCCCCAUGUCGUCCGUGUCGUCCCUCUCGGGUGGUGUCGACACCGCUUGGCGUCGUCGGCAAACCAUCAAGCGUGGUGUCACCAAGAAGGUCAAGCUUACGAACGGUAACUUCAUCACAGAGUAUGCCGUGCCCACCCCGGUGUACAGCGCUAUCGAAUCCAAAUGGACCUCCAGUGUGAAUACCACUGAGUUCUCCCACAUGCGUUAUAGCGCAGCAACUGUUGAUCCCGAUGAGUUCAACGAGGCCAACGGUUGGUCUCUGCGGACGAAGAUGUACAAUCGCGAGACGGAGCUUCUCAUCGCAGUCACGUCGUAUAACGAGGACAAGACCCUUUACGCACGGACCUUGCACGGUGUCAUGUUAAACAUCCGUGACAUCUGCAAGACGAAGCAGUCCAAGUACUGGAGGAGGAGCGCAGAGGAGGGUGUCCCAGGUUGGCAGAGGAUCACAGUCGCCCUCAUCGUCGAUGGUCUUGAGGCUAUGGACAAAACCGUCCUCGAUAUCUUGGCGACGGUCGGUGUCUACCAGGAUGGUGUAAUGAAGAAGCAGGUCGACGGCAAGGACACCGUGGCUCACAUCUUUGAGUACACAACUCAGCUCUCCGUUGAUUCGACGCCGGCGCUCGUGCUUCCCCAUGGCGAUGACCCGAAUAAUUUGGUUCCGGUUCAGAUCAUUUUCGUCUUGAAGGCCAAGAACCAGAAGAAGAUCAACUCUCACCGUUGGCUGUUCAAUGCUAUCGGCAAAAUGCUCAACCCGGAAAUUUGCGUUCUUAUUGACGCUGGAACAAAGCCAGGUCACAAGAGUAUCUUCUACCUCUGGGAUGCCUUCUACAACGAUGCGAACCUUGGAGGAUGUUGUGGAGAGAUUCACGCUAUGAUCAAUAAGGGCAGGAAGCUCCUGAACCCCCUCGUUGCUGCUCAGAAUUUCGAGUACAAGAUGUCCAACAUUUUGGACAAACCUCUGGAAAGCAGUUUCGGUUAUGUCUCUGUGUUGCCCGGUGCCUUCUCUGCAUACCGUUUCCGUGCCAUCCUUGGCCGUCCUCUCGAGCAAUACUUCCAUGGUGAUCACUCAUUGGCGGACCGUUUGGGAGCGAAGGGUAUCUACGGAAUGAACAUUUUCACGAAAAACAUGUUCUUGGCCGAAGAUCGUAUCCUUUGUUUCGAGCUCGUCGCCAAGGCUGGCGCUCGAUGGACUCUGACAUACGUCAAGCCAUCGAAGGCAGAGACUGAUGUACCAGAGACUGCCGCUGAACUCAUCGGUCAGCGUCGUCGUUGGUUGAACGGUUCAUUCGCUGCGUCUAUCUACUCCCUUGUGCACUUCUUCCGGUUAUAUCAGUCAGGUCACGGCAUCAUUCGCAUGUUUUUCUUCCACGUUCAGGGCCUCUACAACGUUUUAUCUCUGAUCUUCACCUGGUUUUCGCUGGCGAACAUCUGGUUGACUUUCAGUAUCAUCAUCGACCUACUACCCGAUCAAGGCAUCGUCAUUUUCGGCGGCAACAACAGCCUCGGCCAAGAAAUCACGCAUUGGGUUAACCUAGCAUUCAAAUGGAUCUAUCUCGCUUUCCUCGCUUUACAAUUCGUUCUUGCUCUUGGCAAUCGACCGAAAGGUGAACGAGCGACAUACGCCAUAACGCUCUGGGUGUACGCUCUUCUGGCGGUUUACCUAAUCGUCUGCUCCUGGGCGUUGACAAUCAAGGCGUUUUUGAAUAUUCCAAGUCAACUACAGAACAAGACGACGAGUGAGAUCAUCGCGACAUUCUUCGAACCACCCGUUGGUGCUUUGAUCGCCGCCAUGGCGUCUACCUUGGGAAUCUAUCUCUUCGCGUCCUUCCUCUACCGCGACCCGUGGCACAUGUUCUCGAGUUUCUUCCAGUACUUGUGUCUCGCUCCCAGUUUCACGAACGUCCUCAACGUCUACGCCUUCUGUAACUUGCACGAUGUGUCUUGGGGUACCAAGGGUAGCGACAAGGCAGAAGCUCUGCCCUCAGUCUCGUCUUCCAAGCCCAAGACAGGCGACUCACCCGUCGUGGAAGACACCGCUCGUGUCCAAGAGGAUCUCGAUGCCGUGUUCAAGGAAACGGUCACCCGUGCUGUCACGAAGAUCAACGUCGAGGAGGCUCCCGAGAAGCCGACCAUGGACGAUGAGAAUAAGACUUUCCGUACUCGUUUGGUCGCAGCCUGGAUGUUGAGUAACGCGGCAUUGGCCGUCGCUAUCGAGAACAUCAACGGUCUGCAGGACGACACGACUACGGAGGGUAUAGAAGAAGAGAACGAGUCGCUCCGCUCGAAGCAGAACAUCUACUUCGCGGUCAUCUUGUACUCGACAUUCGGGCUUUCGCUGGUUCGAUUCAUCGGGUGUUUGUGGUACUUCUUCAGGCGAAACUUGUUCCGCCUGUGCAGGAGAGCUUGAUGAGCAUCUUUACGUACCUAAUUCAUACGUCCUGGGUCACGCUUUCUUCCCUCCUCUCUUUCAUGGACGUUCACGUACAACGAGCUCUACACCAUAUCCCAUCUUCCGCUAUCCACUUGCCUCUGUGAUUCCUCGGUAUCGAUACCAUCUCUCUCAUGACGGAGCAUACGGAAACCUUUUCCUUCUUUCCUUUUUCCUUCCUUUUCUCUUCUCUUGAACUUUCACUUUUUCUUCUUCUUGCCUACUUACCGCCCUCUUACGUCUGAAAACCUGCCCGUUCGUCUUUCUUCUCCCGUUGCGGUGGCGAUUCAGUAUUCUCUAAUCCGUUCCGUUCCUUGAAUAUGAACUUGACAAGUUAACUACAUGAAUUCGCACCAUCCAACAUCCAACCUUUUGCUCGCGCCUCUGUAUGAAUCACCACCACCACCCGCUUCUUCCCGGUCUCUUUCGUUCGCUCUCGUUGAUUUUUUUUUCUGAUCUGGUACUCCUCCC